CAGAAUGAAUGUAUUUGAAUCACAGAUGAAUACAUUUUGAAUACAUGAGCACAGAAAACGCCUUAAUUUUCGGAAUGACAGUUCUCAGCCAAUCAAAAAUAAGAGAAAGCAAUUGAUGACCCAUUGUUAUUUUAGAAUAGAUUUGUUUGUAUUCUUUUCAAUCUAUAUACAUACCAAAGACAGGUUAAGAAUGUCUUUGUAAUAAAUAUUUCGGUUUCUUGUUUCUAUUGUUACUGUUGUUAUAUUCUAAUAUUAUUUCAUUUUCAAAAUGGAUAUAUUAUCACGUCCCGCUGAGGAAUUCGAAAAUGACCAAUCUGUAGAAACAAUGUGGGCCAUCAAGGCUUUUGAACAUGCAGAAAUAUAUUUCAAUAUAUUAUGUUCUGCAGAUCCCAAACAUCUGAAACUCACACCAUUAGAUGAUCUGAUUUACAAAAUUUUCAGAGAAGAAUUUCCUGACUUAAACAUAACAGUAAUUGUUGAAAAUGAACUGAAAAGUACUAAGGAAAAAGCAAAGUGGAGGCCAUAUUGUGAAAGAUUCAAAGGACUUGUAGAAGACUAUAGCUUCGGAACACUACUACGUGCAGAUGCAAGAGAAGACUAUAAAGAAGAAAAUACUAUCCUCGUUACAAGGAUACAAUUUUAUGCCUUAGAAAUUGCCAGGAAUAAGGAAGGGGUUAAUGAUAUUCUUAGGAAUAAAUUCAAACCGACUGUCGAUCAGAAGAAUAAAAAUGCCAUAACAAAGUCAUAACUUAAUGUUUAAUUAUUUAUUGAAUUUCUUGUUAUAAUUCUCAAUAUCACUAUCACUAUUUUCACUGAUUUUUGUAAUUUUUAAAUAGAUACUUUGAUUUUGCAAAA